AUGCCUCGUCGAUCCUCUCGGGCCGUUCCCGCGUCGGCCGCAGCUCCAGCGUCGGCGCCAAAAAGGCGCGCGUCUGACAGAAUCUCCGCAGCCUCCAGAACGGGGCCCAAGAGACAAAAGUACGAAGAUACCACCGCUCAGAAAGCCGUCAAUUCCACUGCAAAGAAAAGCAAAUACUUCCAAGAAGACACCUCCGAGGAACCAAAGCCCGACCCCAAGCAUGCAUCUGCGCCGGAAGCCUCCAAUUACAACGAUUCAGACACGUCAGUCCCCGCAUCACCCGAUGCGAACCCAGAGGUACCCGAGGCGGCGCCUCGAGGGGCUGAGACGACAGGGAAGUCGCAGUCGAAGCGGGGAUCAAAUAGGGGCCAAGGAAAGAACCGGAAAGGCGAAGAGCCCAGCACGCCCGCCCGUAAAGCCAGCAGUGGCACCAAGGCCAGCACGACCGCAUCAGCCAGCGGCAAGGAGCUUUGGAGAGAGGGAGUCACGACUGGCCUAGGCCCUGGUAAAGAAGUAUUCAUCAAAAAGCCCAAAGCGAGGGAUCCAGGAGCGGUGGCCUACCAGGAUGACACCUUACAUCCCAACACCAUGCUCUUCUUGCAGGACCUGGCUGCGAACAAUGACCGGGAGUGGCUCAAAGCACACGAUGCGGACUACCGCGCUUCGAAGAAGGACUGGGAAACGUUUGUUGAGACCCUCACAGAGGAAAUUAUAGAGAAGGACAGCACGAUUCCAGAACUCCCUGUCAAAGAUCUUGUGUUUCGCAUACACAGAGACAUCAGAUUCAGCAAAAAUCCCACUCCGUAUAAGACGCACUUUUCAGCUGCCUGGUCCCGCACAGGUAAAAAGGGGCCUUACGCUGCGUACUACGUUCACUGCCAGCCUGGAUCCUGCUUUGUCGGUUCGGGACUCUGGAUGCCAGAGGCUGAUAAGCUCGCGCUGCUCCGACAGGAUGUUGACAGAAACUCGCAUCGCCUAAAGUCAGUGCUGAGGGCAGACGACAUGCGUCGUGAGAUAUUCAACGGGCUACCAGACGAUGAUGACAAGGCCGUCGAAGCCUUCGUCAGCCAGAAUAAGGAGAGUGCGCUCAAGACAAAGCCCAGGAGUUUUCUGCACCGUCUCACUUGUUUCCAUGGUUCACCAUCUGCCGCCGGCUACGAGGUCGACAAUGAGAAUAUCCAGCUGCUCCGUCUGCGCAGUUUCACCAUCGGGAGGCCUCUUUCGGAUGAGGAGCUAUUGAGUCCUACUAGUGCACGAGAGAGGAUCGCUGCGUUGAUUGGGAUCAUGGAACCCUUCGUAAGCCAUUCCACCCGCCGUGCCAUCGCUGCUGUUUAG